AUGCACAGGAGACCGGAGGAAGCCACUCCAUUGGCUUCCGAGCUCCGGGAGCCUCCACCAGCCGAUUCCCCGCUCCGGCCGGUCCGGGCUCAGAGCUUCGAGAAGGACGGGGACGACGCCCAAGCGGAGCUGGCCUUGUUCCAGCACCCGGUGAUCACGAUCUCCAGCACUGCCUUCAUGGGCAGCGUCACCCUCAUCGUCCCUCCCGGCGUGGCAGUGGAGCAGGACGGCUCCGCCAUCUUCGGAGGCUUCGGGGACGCCGGAGGCAUUUGGUCCAGUAGCCAGAGUUCCGGUAUGGCGGGCCGAGCGCCCGUCACGCUUCGCGUCGUGGGCACUGCAAUGAUGGGCAGAGUCAACGUGGUCGUGAACCCCAGGGCACCGCCUGCCCAGUUGCUGAGCCAAGAAGAGGUGGCCAGGAUCUUGCGAGAAGUGCCCGCGGCCCCAUCCACGACGGUCUCCGACCUCCUGGAUGAAGCCUUCAAGGCGCACGGCAGUGGCGGCAGCUACCCACAGCAGUACCCACAGCCAGAUCCACGGCAGGCACUGCUGCAAGGACUCGCGGCCAACGCCGCCGCAGCUGCCGCAGCCUCUCACAAUCACAACAGCGUGCCGGGUGUGCCAGUGCCGGGGAACGGCGUGCCGGCUUCGCCUGCUCCGGUGGUGACGGGGGUUCCGGUACAGAGCGACGCGCCGCUGAACUUCUCCCCCCAGACCGAGGACACGGAGGACCAAAGCAAGCCUUGGCUGCUCUCAGAUGAAGUCCAAGAUCGCCAGGCGCCGCGGGGAAAGCAAGAUGUCAAGGGGAAGACUACGACUAAGAGUGAGCAAAAGCUUCGAAGCAGAGCUUUGUCACGUGAGGUGGCAGCAGCAAGGAACGUGCGCAGUGCCGCGGUGGGUGUUUGCCUGUCCCCUAUUUUCGGAAACCCCCACCUUGGCCUCUGGCAGGGAAGCUCCAGUCCGACGAACGCAAAGGAAGAGUGGUGGCAGCAACAGCUACUGGCACAGCAGCGCGAGUCAGAAGAGAGGACGCGGACUCUACGGGAGAGCACCCUGGCGAGCUUGCAAAGCCCGAGUUCCCAGGAGGCCAAGGAGGUCGUCGUCGUCGGAGGCGGCAGCGCCGGCGCGCACCUGGCCUACCGCCUCUCCGAGGACCCGAAGCGGCAGGUCCUCCUCCUGGAGGCUGGGCGCCCGGACAACUCCCCCUUCCUGCACGUGCCCGUGUUCUACUUCAAGGCGAUCGGGAGCUCCUUCGACUGGAGGUACCGGACAGAUGGGGAGACUUCAGGGCUGAAUGGCCGAAGCCUCGCAUGGCCUCGCGGGAAGGUCUUGGGAGGUUCCUCGGCUCUGAACGGCUUGCUCUACAUCCGGGGCUUGAAGCACGACUACGAUGCCUGGGCUGCUGCUGGGAACCAGGGUUGGAGCUACGAGGAGCUCCUUCCCCACUUCCGCCGCUGCGAGGAUGCCCCCUUCGAUCAUCCUGACCGGGGCACCGGUGGACCUAUGAGUGUCUGCGAAGGCAGCUACCGCACGGACCUUGCAGAGCGGUGGUCGGAGGCUUGCGCGGAGGUUUGCGGCGUCCCCCGCGUCCGGGACAUGAGCCUCGUGGCAGCGGAUGCCGCGUCCCAGGGCGCGGGGGUGGCGUACUUCUCCAACUUCAAGACCCCAGGCGGCUUCCGAUGUUCUAGCGCGCUGCCUUUGCAUGAAGUGCGGCACCAGCGAAGCAACCUCCACAUCCUCUGCAAUGCCGAGGCUGAAAAAUUGAUUCUGGAUGGCUGCCGCGUGGUGGGGAUCCAGGCCAGCUGUGGAAGCCAGGAGCACAUGAUAAAUGCCGGAGAAGUAGCUCUGUGUGCCGGGGCGCUGGGCUCACCGCAGCUGCUCCUGAAGAGCGGCAUCGGAGCACCGAGCAGCUUGGCAAAGGCCAACGUGACCUGUGUUCAUGCCUUGCCCGGCGUCGGCGAGAACCUGCAAGAUCACCUCCAACUGAGGCCCAAGUUCCGCGUCCAGGCUGCCACCUUGAACUCGCAGGUGGGAGAAUUGGCGAAGUUCGUGACGGAAGGUGGCUUGCUGGGUUGGACAAGGGCGGCCCUGAGCAGCGCUGCUUGGCGUUACGCCUUCGAGUUCCUCAAAGACCGCACGGGGCCCGUGUCGAUGGCGGCCUCCCAGGUUUGCGCCUUCGUUCCCUCCGUCAGGAACUCGUCGAGUCCCCCGGACUUGCAGUUUCACUUCCAGCACGCCGGCUGCGCCUCGGGCUGCACUCCAAAACAGGCUGAGAAGCAGAAAAGCGCCAAAGCCAACACUGUUUCUCUCAAUUUGAUUUUCUCCGGCUGCAGAUCCAACAUCGAACCUGGACUGGUAUUCUUGGACACCUUCGAUGCCUUCACCGCGUCGGUCUGCAUUCUCAGGCCGGAGAGCCGGGGUCGCGUGGAGCUGCUGCCGGACGGAAGGCUCCGGAUCUCGCCACACUACUUGUCAACGCCUGGAGAUGCCUCGCUGGCGGUGAAGAGCCUCGAGCUCGCCCGUGAGGUCGCCCGACAUCCGCUGCUGCGUGAAGUCGCUGCCCAGGUGGAGAUGCCGGAGUCCUUGGAUGCGAACUAUGCCCGGGAAAUAGCUGAGACCAUCUACCACCCGGCCGGAACAUGCAAGAUGGGACCCGACAGUGACGAGAUGGCAGUGGUGGAUCCCAUGCUGCGCGUGUCUUCAGAGUUCAAGCUAGCCGAUGCAGCGCUCCUCAGGUGUUGCUUCCCGGGCUGCCUUGAGGUCAUGAUUGCCGAGAAGGCCGCCGUGGCGAUGCUCUGA